CUCGCAAAUAAUAAUGUAGGGUAUACAAGAGAGGCAGAUUUGACAGCCGUCCUACUCCAUUUGCUCCUAGUCCCAAAUACUAGCAGGCGGCAGGCGGCCAAGACCGGUGUCCCUCGACGACCUGCCGAGUGCCGAGGCAAGACGCGAGGAGGCUGUAAUGGCGGGCGCCGAGGUGGGAGAAGACAAGUACCGCUCCUUCAUCCACGGCGAGGGCGAGAGGGACACCGUGUGGAGGUACGGCGCCCCGCCCAACUACGACGUGGUCAACAAGCUCUUCGAGGAAGAGAGGACUCAGGUGUGGCCCGAGGGCUCGCUGGAGGAGAAGGUGCAGCGGCUGCUCAAGAGCUGGGAGAUGGAGCUGGUGCACAAGGCGCGGCCCGAGGACCAGAAGACCGUCAACUCGGAGAAAUACUCUGCCAGCACCAACGGGAUGAGCGCUCUGACCCGGGCCGAGGUGAUGGCCAUCGGCGGCUACAACAACUUCCUGCGCACCAAGCUGCCCCCGGAGCACCGCAUCUACGACCCGGACAGCGAGACCGUGGAGUCCGCCAUGGCCACCUUCACCACGGCCUUCCCGCGGGGCUUCGCCAUCGAGGUGCUCGACGUCUACAGCGGCCCGCCCAGGAUCGCCUUCAAGUUCCGCCACUGGGGCUACAUGGAGGGGCCCUUCAAGGGCCACCCGCCGCACGGCCAGCGGGUCGAGCUCUUCGGCGUCUGCAUCUUCCAUGUUGACGAAGACAUGAAGGUGGACAAGUCAGAGUACUUCUACGAGCGCGGCAACUUCCUCGCCGGCUUCUUGAGUGCCCCUGCCCCUGAUGGCUCAGGCGGUUGCCCCGUGAUGCGCGGGAACUGAAUGGGCCUGCAAUGGGACAUUGGAAGACUAGGCAUUGGAACAUUGGGAUUAUUAGCAUUAGCGAUCCCGAAUCCGCUUUUAUUACGGUUUAAUAAUUCCAUCAUGUAACAUGACACUUGCAUUUGUGUUUGAAUAAACAUUUCAGUUGCUUCCA